AUGUGUAACAUCCACAUAAGAUCACGUAAACAUAUAUUAUCAUAUAUUACAGUUACAGUUGGCCCUCGUCAAAACAUUCAAUUUCAGCGUCACCCAGAAAGUCAAACGUGCCAAAAUAGGCAGAUCAAAUCACCAGCCGCAGACUCACCCGGUCCCAGCGACCCAAGGUAUGACAACCAGUUCAGUGGUGGCUGGAUCUAUCGGCCCAGGUCAUGCCGGUUGCUCACCGGCAGUUCGGCCUUUCGUAAGCAAGGUAACUGGCUUCACUUCCCCACCUAUCUCGAAGAGACGUAUUCGUGGAUACAUACCAACUGCACGAAUGCAACCAAGCAGGCGUGCUUCGACAUGUCUCCUCCAGAGGAUGUCUCUGCAAGUGUCGAGCGGACUUGGGAGGUGUUGCACGACAGCUCUUGCAAAUGCAGCCUGAAAGAUAGUUUCUUUGCUCAGAAUCCGGAGGAUGAAGUCUUGGUCAUCAUCCAUGAGUAUUUCCUGCCGCAGCAGGGACUCUACUUGCCCUUCUUUGGACUGCCUGAAUGGGGUUCUGUGUUGACGAUUCUUCGGCGAGCAGAUGGCUCUCGAUGCGCGGUUGGUGGCAAAAGCUCAUGGACAGAAGACGAAGCCUCCACGGGCAUCGCGGCAAGUCUGGGCGACUGGAUGAGCUGUGCAAACGCGGAUCUGGAUGCAGAUCCCACCGCGAUGUCCAAGGGGAACAAUUUAGCAAAGCAUCUACGGACCAUGGGUUUCUCGUUGAAGUUUGAUUUGGAGUACAUGAGCACAGGCGCUCAUUCAGAGGAUCAUGACGGGGUGGUUUGCUACAUCACAGUGUCCGUGUAUGUGCAGUGGAAUUCCAAUGUAGAAGUCCAAAGGCUCUCCCUGCCAAAUCUCAACAGCGACGUUGUGGAGCAUCAGAUGUACAUGUAUGGUGUAACACCUACCUGGGGCUUCAAGGGCAGUUUCCGAUAUGUGUCCCAUACUCCUUUCAUGGCUUGGAUCGUGCAAGCUGCAGUGCUGUUUGCCCUACCGGCAACCCUCAUGCGCUACAUCGUGGAGUUUGCCGUGGGCCAACCUUCCGCCAUCUAUCGCCGUGAGACCUGUCGACCUUUUGAUAUCUAUGAUCACCUGCGCAAGACCCAGGCCAGAAUGCUUAUUUCGCAUGCCACCUAUCAUCAGAUCUCCAGGGAAGGGCCCUUGGACAUGGAGAGGCUCUACAGCUAUUUAGAGGACCUCUACCAGACCCAGAUGAAGGCUGGCAUCGUUGAUAACGAAGACUUAGAUCUCCUCUGGAAAGCGACCCUCACAGGCGUGGGGGUUACCCUCUGGUUUGAUGGUAUAUCAACGGAAUAUGGGGGCUUCCAUAAAUGGAGGUACCCCAAUAGCUGGAUGGUUUAUUUCAUGGAAAAUCCUUCUAUAAGUCUAUAA